UUUAUCCAGCUGCUUCUCCGACAUCAUCAACAAACAACCAAGUGUCAGUGGAGAACAUGCAUGAUCGUCCCAUCACACUGUGUUUUUGCCUUGAAUGUAACUUUCAGUCGUCGGCCAUGUUUGAAGGCUCGGAGUCUGUGGAGGUGGAGGGACGCAGCACAGAGAGUACCGUGGCCUCGUCCAUCAGCGCAUGCAAGAAGGUUUUGUGCAGUAACAGUGUUCUGGACUCGUCCGAGUACUGGCUGAGGAACGAGAAGGCUUUGUGCAGACUGGGCCUGCUGGACGACGAUGCUGAGGGCAGCUGCACCAUGAUUUGUUUUGUCAGCCUGGACCCUCAGAAAACAGACUGCCGUGAUGAUAAAGCCAUCAAGAAAUUGGCAUCAGUGUCCCCUGACCUGCCAAAGCUUCUUGAAUUACUGACUGUCCACCAGCCGAAAGAAAAUGAAGUCCUGCUGCUCGGUGGCCUGGAAGCCUCAGAAACCUGCCAAAAACACCAACACUCCCCGCUGCAGAGCGGGCAGCAAGCAGGUGUGUGCCUGCUUCAGCRGUCAGGAAAGAGGCGAGCCUCACCACCCACCAGUGUCAUCUUUGAGAUCAAUAAGUUUUUGAUUGGUCUGCAGUGGGGAAAAGAGCGACAGUUUCAGCAGGGCCGAGUGGCCGGACAUAGGGUCGAUGACGACACCAACCGUUCCAUYUCAUCCAUAGAAGAAGACUUCCUGACAGCCUCAGAGCACCUCGAAGAAAGUGAAGAUGAUGGCUCAAGAAAUGAGCCAGAAAGUGGYGACAGGGAAGAGAGCCAGGUUGAAGCUGGUCAGAAACACUGUGUCAGACUUACAUCUCACAGGGGACAGUUAGCCCAUCAUCAGAGCCAGGAUGAGACUGACAUAAAAGGAGAAGUUCCUCCAAGUUUAAGUUUCAAMACCAAGGAAUCAGCUGGUUACUAUGCCACUAAUCUAGCUGAGUCGGUAUUACAGGAUGCCUUCAUUCGACUCUCUCAAGAUGAAACUUCGUUUGUGUCUGAGGCAGCUAUCAGCGUGUCCCACACUCAUUGUCUUUCUAAGAGUCCCUCCAAGACCAAAGGGCCUACGCAACAGCGCACCUGCUCUUUUGAACUACCCAAGAUUGUCAUAGUUCAAAGCCCAGACAGUUCUGAUGGUGCUGGAGAAUGGACAGAGACACAAGUCUCUCAUGUGGAUAACCGCAAUACCCCUGCCAGAGAAUCGCCAGAGAAUGAAAACCAGGCUCAGACACCUCACCACAAUGGAGGACACAGACAUGUAGAGAUGGCUUUGGCCUGUGCUGCCAAUGUAAUUGGCACCAUUACGACUCCACAACUGACUGAAAAGCUCACCCAUGAAACUGCUUCAGUAGAGAACGCAGGAGAAGAGCAGGAAGAGCCAAAGGAUGAAAGUGACUACUCUGUCUCUUCCGCUAUGUGUGGCAUGGCACAAGUAGCCGGAGCAGUAGCAGCUGUGGAACUAGCAGAGGAGUCAGCAGAGGGUGACGAUUCUGAAACGGAUACUACUGAAGUCUACACAGCAUCCCAUGGUCUAAUGUCUGCUGCCAAAGCUUCAGCGGCUUUCCCGCUCCACUGCAGUGUGGCAGAGGGUACAAGUGUUGAAUCAUUUCGAGCUAACAUAGCGGAGGUCCUGCACAGAGAAGCAGCCGAGGUGCUGACCCAACCACAAGGCUACAAGAGUGUUGCACACUUGUUAGAGACCACACAUAACAAAAUAGUUGAUGGUAUCACUUGUCCGAAAACAUGUUGUAUGGGUGAAAAGGAGGUGGAUGACCUAAUAAAUGAAGUGGCAGACAGCCUAUUCAAGCAUGCCUUGGAAAAAGCAAAAAAGAAGAAAGAACUAGAAGGAGCUGGAAAAGAUGCUCCCAGCCUUCAGGUUUUUCUGCAGGACAGUGUAAACAAUCUGUUGUUUGACAUUCUUUGCCUAACGCAGAAAAAAAUCAGUUGUAUCUCCACAUGUAACCAAGAGUCAGAUGAAACACAGGAGGGUGAUACUUGUGUUAACAAGUUUUCCACAACAAAAAGAAGCAAAGAUCCAUUAGGCCAGGUUAUGUGCUUGGUCAGCAACAGUCAGUCCACUAACAAUGAAAACCUCAGUGGCAUUUUGGCCUCCUCAGACAAGUUUUCUGUGUUUCCUGGACUGAGGAAACACAUCCCUGAGGAAGGGGAUUUUAGCACAUCUUCCUCGACUGCACACUUCAAAGAACAACAGCAGGGGUCAUUAUGCAGACAAAGUCAGUCUAACACAAAAGACCUUUCUGAUCAGCAGCAAACCAGUGGUGCCAACAGAGAACCUCUAAGUGAAAUCCCAGUUCACACAGCAGAAAGAAGGGGGCGUCUGCUGGCAGGCGGUGACAGCAGACAAACCUCUCUUACACCUCAGGCCUCCUACAACUCAUGCAGUUCUUUGCUUUCUUUAAAAAUGGAUGCUGAUUGUAGGACACCUAUCACUUGUUAUGCUGAUGAUUUAGCUGCUACAGUAGUGUCUAUGGCCACAGAACUGGCAGCCAUCUGUCUUGAAAAUUCCACUGGGAAACAGCCCUGGUUUUGUGCUCUAAAUGGGACUGUUACAGAAGRUCCAGAGGCCUACUUGAUGCCAGCUUGUCGCACUGUUCUGAGAAGAAAAGAAAGUCAAAACAGCAGUGCUGCUUCGAGGAAACAUCGAGCGCCCCGUCUCAGUGAAAUUAAGAGGAAAACAGAAGAACAACCRGAACUAAUGGAGCGGCUGGUUAACMGGGUGGUGGAUGAAUCAGUUAACUUAGAUGAACCACAGGAUCCAUUUGCCCUUUUUGCCUCYGAAGUCACAGCCAGGAUCAUGAACUGUCCUGAACUCAAUGUGGUGGAUACCUCCAAGACGGGCCAGCAGCGCAGCCGGCUCCAGUGUGAGAAGUGGAGUCGUGGAAAGGCAUCUAGUUAUGAGAGUAUUCCAGAAGAAGAUGCAGAUCCCUCAGGCACAUCUAACACCUUGGGUCCCGGCAGUCGGUUAGGUCAGAACCUGAGCCGUGGUAGCUCAAUCUCUAAGCAGUCCAGCUGUGAAAGCAUCACGGAUGAAUUCUCCCGGUUCAUGGUAAACCAGAUGGAAACUGAGGGCAGAGGCUUUGACCUUUUGCUGGAUUACUACGCAGGAAAGAAUGCUAGCAGCAUCUUGGCUGCAGCUGUGCAACAGGCUGCGACAAAGAAAAAUGGCCACCUUAACGUUAGGACCUCAUCCUCUCUUUCUAAGCAGUCCAGCACAGAAAGCAUCACAGAGGAGUUCUACCGGUUUAUGCUUCGAGAUAUGGAUAAGGAGAACAAAGAUUAUGGCAUUGCCAAAACUAAUGAAUGGAGCAAUAGCCUUUUUCCCCCUUCUCCUAGAACACCUUUCUGUAUACGACAAUCUUCUGUUCCGGACCGGCGCUCCUCAGACUCACGAUUGACGGUCAACUCCCCCAUAAAAGCCAACUCUUUUGAUGGGUUUGCCCGCAAUGUGUAUGGAGACACAUUGAACAUCUACCCUACUUGCUCAGUGUCAGCCACAGGGCUAUGUAAGUCUGACUCCUGCCUCUAUCAAAGAGGUAAGACUGACCAGAUAACCGACAUGCUGAUCCAUGAGACCUGGUCAAGUUCCAUUGAGUCUUUAAUGAGAAAAAACAAGAUCAUUGCUGAUCCAAAGGACAGUAUUGAUUCAGAAGCUUCAGGAGACUCCCAGCCACAAGUGCAGCAAUUUGCUAAUCGACUGGCAGCUGACAUUGUAGAUAUUGGCAAGUCUGCACUUGGAGGACAGCAAGAUGUAGCUGGGACAAUCCCUGGGUCACAUCCACAGUUGCACAUGCCUGUUGGUGAAAGAAGAAGGGGGUUCAAACAGUCUCAUUUGAGCUGUAGUCGAAGUCGGUCCAGCCAGGAGCAAGCUGCUUCUGGAGUUGGGUCCGGGACUAGUGAAACCAGCAUUCCCUGCACAAGGGGGCCCAGAGAUGUGCCACUAAUCCACAUUGAGGGCGACCAAAAAGUCGAAAAGACUCUUUCAAUUCCUGAAAGAACUGAAGGAAGACCAAAGGAAACAUCUGUAGACACUAAACGUAUGGAGAGAGCUAAUGCCAAUAGCAGCAGCAGUGAAAGGGACAGGCCAGCUGUGGCGGUGGCUACAGUAGUGAAGAGGGACAAGCGUUCAAUGAGCGCUAGCAGUGAAGAGAGCAUGGGGAGCUGGUCUCAUGUAACCCCUGAAGAUGAUCCCCACGAGGAGACCAGUAGUUUUAUCCAGCUGAGUGAGGGGAAUGGGACCAGUAGCACAUCUAGCCUCGGUCUGGUCGACCUGGAGGCCUUUUCAGAUGCUCCUACUCAGAGCACAUURAUCAGCGAGGACAUAGAGAAAGGCCAGCAAGGAGAAGGCAAAAUCAAUGUUUUUGAGAGCACUCCAGGAGCUACAGCAGGCAGUGGCAGCAGCUACCUAAGACAGCUUUUAGUGGUAAACUGUGACCUCGAGCAGGAGUGCGUGGACCAUGAGCUCAGAGUGGCCCUGCAGUGGAUUGCUGCCUCCGAGCUGGGACUUCCUGCACUUUACUUCAGGAAGUCCAAAGAGAAGAAGGCAGCAAAGUUCCAGAGGGUGGUCCACCUGAUGGCUCAGAAGGCGUGGCGGAUUGCAGACCUGUUCGGUGCCGUGCUUCAGUUCUGUAAGCUACACGAGACCGAGGAAGAGGUGGGAAGGUCUCUCCAGGCCAGCCUGUUUGACUGGCUUUUGGAAACAGCUUAGAGACAGUUCAACCUUCCUCCUAACAGCAAACAGCAACACACGUGCUCGCUCAUCAUAGCAUCUCUGCAGUCUGUUUUUAAAUGUCUGCCCAAUACGGUCUCACCACACCAAGUGUCUCUUACUGCAAGCUGAAAACACAGCUUAGUCAGCAAUUUUGAGAAAUGUACAGGUCUCACCUGGUUUGCAGCUUUGAAUCAAAAAGUUUCCCUUUAACUAGAGCAUGUUGUUGUUUUCAGAUUUCUCUCUCUAGUGAGCUGCACACAAACUCUAUAUAAAAUAAACACAAGAUAUUAAAAUCUUUUCACAGCAAAAUUAUGCAUUUAUUUAUUAAAUCCAAAUGAACACAUAGAAAGCAAACGACCAACAGAGAAUAGGAAAAUCAGGUUAAAUGUUGCUCACAAGUCACAUGCUCAAACUUGUAUCCAAACUGUUUCUAUGACAGUCCAGAAAACACGUUGUCACUUUGUUCUUUCCACUUAGAUUCUGCAUAUUUGCUUUUAGCAAAACACCUAUGUCCUUGUAGUCUUCACUGGCCAAUGUAUCACCUAUGUUGUGACUAUUUUGAGAUUUAUUUCUAAGUAAAUAUGUGAUUUUCUUACUGUUUCUUGAGAAGUGAUUAUUUUUGGCUAGCUGUACUGUAAAUACUGUAGAUUUUGAACUGUUGCACCUUGGAGUAGUGGACUGCUCUCUUUAGUUUUUUUUUUUUUCUGUCCAAAAGACAGUGUCAGGUUUGUAAUGUUGAAUUUGUAUCUGGAUUUAGUCUGUCUAUUCCUCUACUUAGUGAUAAACGAGUGUUACAUCAGCAUCGAGGGGAACAACAAGCACACAUUUCAGCUAUCAACUGUGUCAGAGUAGAACUGAAUGUAUUUAUCUUUUGACAUCAAUAAAUUUCUGUGAUGUGAAGAA